AUGGAGCUGAGUGGCGUCAAUCGAAAUAGGCGCGUUAAUGGAAGGGUUCAUCGAUCUGGUCCAGAGCAAGGAUUCAACCACUUACUGAAUAAUAACAAACUUGGCAUAAUCGAUAAUCCAAUCAACUACCGCCCUCCAGACGAGCUAGAAGACGAUGUCAGGUCUUUCUACGAAGAACAUGAGCUUGCCCAAGUGGUAGAUAUCGACCUCCUCCUCAGAGGGGCUCACCUUGCCCGGGAUAGAGAACAAUUUCUGAGAAACAAAUCCAACUAUAAUGAAGUUGAGCUUCGUGCAUUGAACGAAGAAGAACACCCGAGGCUCUCGAGGCAGCCAAAGGAACUACAGGUCGUUCUUCUUACUUGCGCUAUCGGGGCUAUUGUACAAGGAUGGUCACAGGCAAAUCUCACAGGGGCGAAUCUGCUAUGGCCAUUGGAUCUCUUUAAUAAUAACACCACUUCUACAACAUGGAAAUUUGGCGCCGUUAACUCCGUGACUUAUUUUUCGGCGAGCUUAGUAGGAGGAUGGCUAUCAGAUCCGUUAAAUGAGCAUGUCUUUGGACGAAGAGGCGCUUUGUUUAUUGCCGCCUUAGUUUCCCUUGCCUCAAGUAUCGGGUCUGGAUACGUACAAAGCUGGCAAGGCUUAUUAGUGUGCCGACUCAUCCAAGGCAUCGGCAUGGGAGCGAAAGCAUCCGUUGUACCUAUAUUCGAAAGCGAAGUCAGCCCGUCAAAAAUCAGAGGACGUUUCCUUGUCUCGUGGCAGUCGUUCGUCGCAUUCGGGUUAUUCCUCGGGUCGUGCUCGAACCUGAUCUUCAAUAAAGAUUGGAGGUGGCAGCUUGCCUCUGCUUUCAUUCCAACUGUUCCUCUUCUGUUUCUCGUACUGAUCUGCUCGGAAUCACCACACUGGCUUGUAAAGCAGAACGACUACCCCCGUGCGUGGAGAACAUUUAAAGGACUGCGCGAGACUCCUUUGCAAGCAGCGAGAGAUAUGUAUCAGCUACACUGCCAGCUCCAAGUUGAAACAAUCCUCCUUGGCAAAGGUGACAUUGUGCACGAGAUCGAAAACUGGACACACAAUGCCAGCGGCAGACUGUAUCAACAGGAGGCACGACGAACAAACUUCUUCCAGCGUUUCUGGCAGCUUUUCACCAUUCAAAGGAAUAGAAGAGCGUGUCUGGCUGCUUGUGUGGUGAUGGCGGCUCAACAGCUGUCUGGCAUUAAUAUUUUCGCAUUUCUAUCAACGAGUUUCAUCAGCAAUUCAGUAAAUAACACCAUCUCGGGAGCCCCGGAACUAUCUAAUAUGACUGCCUUGUGGCUCAGUUUUGGAUUUGCCUUAUCCAACGCAGUGUUCUCGCCUCUAGCUUACUUUACGAUUGAUAGCAAAGGACGACGCUUCCUUCUUCUUCUAUCUCUCAUCCUGAUGGUUCCACUACUCAUUGCUGCUGGUUUUUGUCUACAGAUAGACCCCGCGCACCCUAAUAACCCGGCACGCGUAGGCCUGUUCGAACUAUUUUUGAUAUUGUAUACUGCUACAUAUUCGCCUGGGGCAGGAGUAGUUCCAUUUUUGUAUUCGAGUGAAAUCUUUCCGCUGGUUAAUCGCGAGGUCGGAAUGUCUCUGAGUUGUACCGUCAACUUUCUGCUCGCGGGAGUUCUCGCCUUGACAGUUCCCCAGCUGCAGAGCUCUUUAGGCCAGACUCGUCUACUGGGACUUUUUGCUGGUCUUGACGCUUUUGCCGCCAUUCUUGUUUGGCUUUUCGUUCCUGGGACAAGAAAAACAAUCUCACUCGAGGAAUUCAAUUAUAUUUUCGGCGUGCCUACCCGCGUACAUAUCCGGUAUCAAAUUCAAAAAGUGCUUCCAUGGGCUUUGAAAUCAUGGAUUCCGUGGUUUCUUUCAUACUAUGUGCCAUGGGUGAUAAGGUGGUAUCUGUGUUGUGGGGCGGGAAUGGAAGAGAAGGAAGCCGUGAGCGAUAGGUUACCACCGUUGGAGGCAUUGUACCAGUGGAAUUCGGUGAGAAGGAUGAAAAAUGAAGAAAAUGAAGAGUAUGAAGGAGAGGUUGGUGAGUAUGCUGUUGAUGUGGUUGAUAGUCGUGGCGGUAUCCGAAGGGAGACGAUGGUGGCGUGGGGAGGCAGAGCGGAGAGUUAG